AUGCCACCCAGACUACAGGCGCUGCCGCGCUUAGGCUCAUUGAACCUGUGCCUCCGCCCCGCGAAGCCCUCCACCCCGAACUUCCUCCCCAAAAUCCAGACGGCCAACCUCUCCCUCCGCGAGAGGAAACGCAACGCCAAGCAGGAUCCCUACAAGUACGCCCAGGCUCAGCAGCGCAAGGCCGCCAAUGUCCAGCGCCGCGAGGAGCUCCAGCGCGAGCGUUAUGAGGCCGCAGGCGACCCUGUCCGUGGCAACCUCACACCCUUCGUCGAGUCCCUAGACUCGGCCGGCCAGUCCACGAAGCCGGUUGCGUCCAGCGAAGGCAGUGAAUCUGAGGCUGCGGCCCCGCGGAGGGCGGAGAAGUGGGCACCUGAGUUGCGGAACCAUUUCCUGACUGAGACGGAGCUGGAGGAGGCUGUCAAGCACGCUUAUACCCUCACCAAGCCAAUGGUCGGAGUCGUCGAGUCACAGAUGGAGCCGGGGACUGAAGGAGAUAAGAUGAAGCUGCAUGAGCAGAGGCACGCCAAGGCUGUUGAGGCUCUGAAGCGCAUCACGGCCAUGAGCAACAGCAGCGGCAAGGACCGCUUCCACGCCAACGUGCGACGUAUUGUCGACGAGUUCGGCCGCCACAACACAGACAAGGUCCUCAAGCCCAAGCCUCAGUCUAUCAACCCUAAUACCGUGCCCAUGCCCGGUCGCGCCGGCCCCGAUACGGGGAGCUCCGAGGUCCAGAUCGCCAUCUUGACGGCAAAGAUCCGGACCGUGUCCCAGGCCCUCGAGAUCAACCGAGGCUACAAAGACAAGCACAACAAGCGCAAUCUUAGGUUGCUGCUGCACCGGAGGCAGAAGCUCCUCAAGUACAUGGAGCGCAAGGAGAGAGGAAGUGAGCGUUGGACCAACAUGAUUGAGAAGUUGGGUCUCACGCAGGCAACAUACAAGGACCAGAUCGAGUUGUAG